CCUCAUUCUUAUUCCUUAGGGCAUUUAACACUACCGGGUUCUUGGAGAAAUAUUUGCGUCCACCUUUAUCCUCAUUCCUUGAGCUAUUUAGCACUACCAGAUUUUUGGAGAAAUCGUUGCGUCCGCCUUUAUCCUCACACCCCAUGAGCUAUUUGGCACUACUAGAAUGUUGGAGAAACCGUUGCAUCCGCCUUUGUCUUCCUUCCUUAAGCGUAAUUCCAGCUCUUCUAGCACUUGGACAACCCGUCGCAUCCGCCUUCAUCCUCAUUCCUUAAGCGCACUUCUAGCUGUUCUGGCAAUUGGAGAAUCCAUCGCGUCCGCCUUCAUCCUCACGCUUCAUAAGAUAUUCAGCGCUACGAGGAUCUUGGAGAAACCGUUGCAUCCGCCUUUAUCCUCAUCCCUUAAGCGUAAUUCCAGCUCUUCCAACAAUUGGAGAAUUCGUCGCUUCCACCAUCAUCCCCGGACAGUAUAUCUUGUCAAACUGAGAAUCGCAAGCAGAGUUUGAAUAUUUGCGAUCUGCAUGAGUGCCAUGAGACGACAAUGAAAAUAGUGUUCUUGUUGAGAGUGUGUACGCUCUUUUGGCACUGCUUGGGGUGUCGCCAUGGCCUUUAAAAAACUAGAUGCGAUGUAAAAUCAGCUCUGCUGGAGUUUGAGCAGCCUUUCGGGUAAUG